AUGAUCAUGGCGGCGGCGGAACGGGGCGGCGGUCCCGGUUCUUCUCCCGGCUCCUCCCGGCCUGCGGCGGAUUACUCGGUGCUGGUGGUGGUGGGAGCGUUGCGGCCCGCCGGUUUGCUGGAGCGGCUGCUGCGGCAGAUAGAUUCAGGUGUGCGAUGUUGGCCUGUAGAUCUGGAUGUCUCCGUCCUGGACCAGCAGCUGAAACUCUUCGUGUCGAGACACUCUGCCUUCCUGUCGGAAGACGUCAGAGGUCAGAGGACUCUGCAGCACAGCGGAGACGUCCUGGACACUCAGGUUGUGGUGAAUCCGGCCUACGACUUUGUCUGCUCCGAGAUCCGGCGACUGGUCUGUGACCCGUCUCGACAGAAGCUGCUGGUUCUGGCGGGUCAGUGCGUCGAAGAGACCGGAGACAUCGUGUUACAGAAAGGCUGUUUCGGUCUCAAUGACUUCAUCCGCAUUUUUGCUGAUGAGGAGGUUGGAGAGUUGUUGAGCUCAGCAAACCUGGCAGGGAAGGCCAGCCUCACCCUGAGCUGUCCAAACUACGGUCUUUGGAAGGACUCUGUGCUGGAGAAACACAAACUUCAAGACUUCAUGAACAUCCAGAUCAACCCCACCACUGUCCUCCCAGAAAUGGAGGGUCUACAGGAGUUCACAGAGUACCUCUCUGAGUCGCUGGAGCCCGAGUCGCCUUUUGACCUCCUUGAGCCACCAAGCACCGUGGGGUUCCUGAAACUCUCUCGGCCCUGCUGCUACAUCUUCCCCGGUGGGAGGGGGGACUCUGCCUUCUUUGCUGUUAACGGUUUUAACGUCCUGGUCAAUGGCGGCUCCGACCCCCGCUCGUGCUUCUGGAAGCUGGUUCGACACCUGGACCGAAUUGACUCUGUACUUCUGACUCACAUCGGUGUGGACAAUCUCCCUGGGCUGAACAGUUUGCUGCUGAGGAAAGUGGCCGAGCAGGAAGAUGAGUCCUCCGCAUCUCAGACUGAAGAGGAAUGGAUGAAAAACCUAAUCUCUCCUGAGAUCGGCGUUGUUUUCCUCAACGUUCCUGACAGACUGAAGUCCAUUCAGGGAGAUCCCAGUGAGUUGCGGAGCUGUGACCAGGCGGCACUCACUCUGCAGCAUUUAGAAAGACUGGCAAUCAAACCUGGACCUCUCAGCAGGUUUAACGGACCCAUUAUAGAACCACUUAUCUUGUUUCAGAAGAUGGGAGUCGGCCGUCUGGAGAUGUACACACUGAAUCCAGUCAAUGGAAGUAAAGAACUUGAAGCUUUAAUGCAGAUUUGGCCCAACGAUGGAUCAAAUGUGAAAGGCUCAAAUCUUCCACUACCAUGCCUUGUUUCCAUUUGUGCUUUGUUGGUCUGGCAUCCAUCCAGCCCUCAGGAGAAGAUCAUCCGUGUCCUUUUCCCAGGGUGCACGCCACAGACCAAAAUUCUGGAUGGACUUGAAAAACUCAAGCAUCUAGAUUUCCUCAAACACCCGUCAGUGUGUUUGAAGGACCUAGAAACGCCCAAAACUGAGAAACCACCAAAACGAGCAGAGAGCCGGGAAAGCCUUAAGUCCCAUUCUAAGGACUUCAGACCCGCCAGUGCCUUGCAGAAAGACAAGCUGGGACGAGUAGAUGUCAAAAAACAGGAGGUGAAAACGAAGCCAAAGCCAACAGGUGACUCUGCAUCUAAAGACAAGAAAGAUGGGGAGGAAAAGCUCAAAUUAAAGGAUGCAGAUGUUAAAUCAAAGUCACAGAAACCAGCUGAAAAACCCGUUCCAAAGAAAGAUGUGCCAAAAGAAGAGAAAAAAGAAGUGCAAAAGAAGGACGAAAAGACUCCAGCUGCCGUAAAGAGUGACGAGGGUGCAGAGAAAAAGAAAGAGGCUGUAAAGAAGGAAACUACAAAACCAAAGAAAGAUGUUAAACCUGAACCAAAAAAAGACAGCAAGAGGGACGUAAAGACAGAGGAGAAGAAAAUGACAAAACCAGCUGUUAAAGAAACAAAGAAAACAAGUGGAGCGUCAAGCGCAGCAUCAAUGGCGAGUGCAGAACAAAAGAAAGCUCUGGGCAAGAGUGGGACUCUAAAGAAAGACACUUUGGACAAAGGGACAAAGGGUAAGCGAGGUUCAAGGGAGCAGGAAAACCAGAAAGAUGCUGAUCACUCCAAGGUUUCAACUCCUGAGGACAUGACUGCUGAAUUUGAAAGACUUCGACUGGAAGAUUACAAUGGAAACGGUGGUCAAAAGGCCAUGGUGGUCAUGCAUUCGGGCACAUUGAAGGCCAAUGGGAACCAGACCUCACUGGCAGACAGUCCCGAAGUGUUUCGCUGUAUGGACAUGAACCAGGAGAUGACCGCUGCCUCUUCACCUCUCGCCAAAACACCAAAAAGUGAUCUCAGCGUUAACUUUGAUCUUACUCCGACUGCUUACCAGCCGGUCAUUGGAUCCCUGAAAAAUGGGGCAGACGACUUCUGUGCAAGUUCAGAGGAGAAAAUGCUGGAGCUAGUCUCUCCUGCAGAUUCAGCCCCAAACAGUGCAGGACAUACCCCUUUCCAUCAGUCUCCUGAAGAGGACAUUCGAUGUUUGGGUGAGGACAGUAGCCUUGGGGCGAGAGGGUCCAGUCUGGGUUUCGAGGAUUACAACCAGGGAGGUUCUUGUAGGACCUCUGACCUGAGCUCGCUGAGGGAGGGCCUGGAAAACUCCACAUCCUCUCAGGAUAAACAGUCCAGCCUUCUCACUCUCAGUCCUUUCAAGGACAUGAUGCCAGACUCAUCUCCCACAAUGACCUCCAUGCCCGCUGAAGUCGGCUCGCCUCACUCUACGGAAGUUGAUGAAUCCCUGUCGGUUUCUUUAGAGCAAGUGGUGCCACCUACAGCAAUGUCACCCAAAGGACCCAUGGGAGACAGAGUCUAUUCCAACGGACAUGUUAGUGACUCUGACCUCAACACAGGGAGGGCCCUGCCCCUGAGGACAUCCCAUAAUGGGCUUUGUGGAAAUGGAUCAGAGGAGCACAUUCAUGGAAUGUCAGAAGUGACCUCAGAUGUUCCACACGAUGUUGAUCUGUGUCUGGUAUCACCUUGUGAGUUCCAGCACCCCAAGUCCCCAGAGAAUCAUCAGCAGCAUGUCAGCCCUGGUCUUGCAACCGGUGUCUCACCAAACAUCUCAGACAACAACAACCUCUCCCAGGGUCAGAGCAGCAGUGAAUGCCCUUCAGCCGACAGCCAGGAAACACCACCCACAUCAGUUAGUGAGUCUUUCCCAACAGCCACAGACUCUGAUAUCCCCCCUGGUACAGAGGACUGCCCUUCCAUCACUGCAGACAUUGACUCUGAUGAUGAUUCCAGUAACCUCUUUUUGCCCAAUCAUCCGCAAGAGCAUCCUGGUCUGCCAUAUGCCCACAGGGCAGGGCAGCUUUCCUCUCAUGACCCACCACCAGCCCCGGUCAAGGAUCUGCCCCCGUUGCCGCCCCAGCCUGGAACCUGCAUGGCUGACGCAGAGGCCAAUGGAUCAAGCAAGAGUAUGAAGAGUUCAGCUGCCAAGACCAAGAAACCAUCAGGUACAAUGCAGAAGGUCACCUCCGGUAGCACCACAGCCCACAAUGGGAAGUUCAAGACUGGCAGCUCCACAGGAUCACUAAAGAUGACCUCCAGCCUCGACACAAAGCCGUCAUCCCGAACUUCACUGGGUGGAUCCAAAAUUGGAACUUCGAAACUGUCAUCCUCAGCUUCCAAAGUCACAGGUUCUGAGGGUUCUUCGGUCUACGUGGAUCUGGCCUACCUACCGUGCAGCAGGGCCUCUUCCACCGUGGACUUGGAGUUCUUCAGACGCCUCCGCUCCUCGUAUUACAUCAUCAGUGGAGACGAUCCUGUGAAGGAGGUGUCUAUGAGGAGCAUCCUGGACUCCCUGUUGCAAGGGAAGAGCAGUUGGCCGAACGUCCAGGUGACCCUGAUCCCAACGUUUGACUCGCUGGCGAUGCAUGAGUGGUACCAGGAGACCCACGACAGGCAGAGGGAGCUGUCCAUCACCGUGCUGGGCAGCAACAGCACUGUGGCCAUGCAGGAGGAGACCUUCCCCGCCUGCAAGGUCGAGUUCUGAGACUCACCUCUGAACAAAUGGAGGAGGAGGAGGAGACUUUUGACACUGCCGUGGUUACAGCUAGACCAGACCAAUGAAAGAACGUGUUUUUCUCAGUCCGUGUAAGGGUUAGUGUCAGUAUCUGAACCAGAUUCUAGUCUGUUGCACGAGAAACCAUUUCCUUUACGUUUUCUUCACCUGUAUGACAUCAUCAUACGCUUCCUACCUGUCACUUCCUGUCACUACCCAUCGCUUCCUCUCUGCUGGACCACAACCUUCAGGAUUUUAACGUCCGGGCCCCAGUUUGAUUCAGUUUCACAGCAGAAACAUCCAGAUUUGACCUGAUUCCUGAACGUUUACUCACAUCAGGUAAACAACACGUAAAAGGUUCUUUGGAGAAUUGAUCCUGAGAAUUAAGCAAGGAGCACAGAACAUUUUUCACAGAUUCACUCAGGAAAAGCUCAGAGAUGAAUAGAGAUGAGUCUUUGUCAUUCAGCUGUAACUGGCACAGGUUUUAGCUUUAGUUUUUAUUCCUGAGGUUCAGAAGUUCUAUGUCUUCUCCAUGGACAGAUCAGGACCUUCAUGAGUACAAGACCCUGUAUGAAAUAGACAUGUUGUAGUUUGAAGACGUAUGUGAUCUGGAUUAUGUGAUCUUUGCCUCGUGAUCACACUCUAUCUCCAAGCAUUUACCCUGAAUUUAUUCUACAUUCAUCUUGUAUCUACGCAGACUUUUAUCACAGGAUGUUUUUCUGACAGACACUGUAGUAAGUAUGCAGUCCUCACUGCGUGUUGACGAGACGUCCCCUCAGCCUCUGUGUCGUAACUCUGCGGUCAUUAUCACGUUUGUCGGUGAAAGGAAAAUGUCUCUGUGGUUGUCCUCUUACGUGCAGGUCCUCACUCCGUCGGGUUCGUGUGCUGAAGGGUCUGAUCCAGAAGACAGAACAUGUUCACGCGUAGACCUUUAGAUGAAGAGGUCCAGGGACCACAUGUUGCCUCCAUCUCUAAUCAGCUUAUUGAUCAGUUUUAUGGAGUGAAGGUUUAAAGGCGACAGCAUGUUCCACAGAUCUCAGAUCAGUUCUGAAGCGCCACCUGUUUGCAGUGAAGGAGAAUCACAGGUUGGUUGGUUGUUUCUGUCUGAACUGAUGAUGAUGAUGAUUCUGGUCUGUCUGAGUCUUGUUAGAGCCUUUUCAUGGUUCUUCUGUUUACUACAUUUCCCAUGAGCCUCAGCUGAUGUAUCGUGAACCACGCUCUUAUCUGCGGCUACAGAAAGUGAUUUUAUUCAAACUGAAUUUGUCCAUCAAGUUUCACCCUGGUUUCUCCUCAGUAAUCUGCCCGGCAACAGACUCUGUAGCUCUCUGACUGGAUGCUUCUUUCUUGGACUUGUAGAACUUUUGCUUUCAGAGCAGCAGCAUGUUGACUCCAGGGGGAAAAUCAAUAUAUCAAUGAUCAGUAUCCAAUCAGAACGUUCCAUUAGUAUUAUUAUUAUUUUUUUAGUUCUUUUUUAAAAUAUAGAAACAACUGAAACCGUUAAGAUCAAUCCUAACUGUCCUUUUAUGUUUUAUUUCAGCCCAAAAUAGACAUUUCAAUUUUUUAAACUUAUUUAUUUAUUUUGAAUUUUAUUUCUUACGACUCGUCCUUUUUUAAAUUCACACCUGCGGUUUAACGACGUCCUCAGUCUUUUGGUACGAGUUCCUCACGUCUGCGAAAUUUAACCUUUAAAAAACCGUUUCACGUCCAGUUUCCUAAAGAGAAUCUUCCUGAGGUUUCAGUGCUCAGUGAACGCUGAAGGGCUAAAAACGCAAGUCACCUAAUUAUUAUUAAACCAUCAGAGUUCAGGGAGUUUCAACGCCACCACGUUUCAUACAGUUAUUCUUAUUUCAGCUUUACGGGACCAUAAAAUGCUGAAUGACUGUUUUUCUCAGCGUGUCCUGGUCAGUUUCCUGUUUUUCUGAGUUCGAGCCACAAAAGAAAAAGAGAUUUCGAGAUAACAUCUGUGAUGUUAUUUAAAUGUUGUCAUUCGGAGAAGAAAUCCUGAACAUUCAGGAGAUAAAAUCUCAGUCUUGAAAAUGCAGUUUAACAAAAUAUAAUUUUCACAUGUAAUUGUGAUUUUUUUGGGACUUUUUUUUGUAAAAUUAAGAUUAAAUUUUAUUCCUAAUUCCUUAUUGUUUUGAUGUAAAAGUCCCGCCACAGGCGACACUUUGAUAUUUGUGUUUUCCUCAGUUUUUCUCACAGAAUUACGGCUUUGACCUCGUAAUGUUUUCAGUUCUGAAAAUGAUAUAACAGCUUUUUUUUUUAUGAAUAUCUCAGAUGUUUUGUUCCUGUGGCUGUGACACGAACUGAUCCAGUUACAAUCAGACAUACGAGCUGAAAACCAUACGGCUGUCAGAAAUGGGAUUUAUUUAAAAGUUUUACCCCCACUCCCCAAAAACACACACAAGAAAUGGGUCUUGAAACACUAAUUUUAACGAUUCUUUCAAAAUAAAAGUAGGCCUU